CGAUGUCCGUUGUACGUGUAGCGGCCCCGAGCUUUUCUCUUUCGGGUCACUCUCCGCGGGGUCUUUGUUGCAAUGUUCCCGCUUUCUGUGCGGGUGGCCUCGUGCAGCCGCGGCGUUCCAGUCAGCAGUCUCCAGAAGGUGCUGAAGCCAAGGAUGCUGGCAAAGUAACUAAGCAGGAGCCGACUAGAAGAUCAGCAAGAUUGUCUUCAAAACCUGCCCCACCUAAAUCUGAAGCAAAACCAAAAAAAGCUGCAGCCAAGAAGGAGCCAGGAUCAAAGGGUAGCAAAGGUGCUAAAGGGAAGAAAGAAGAAAAGCAAGAAGCUGAAGGUACUGCUCCAUCUGAAAAUGGUGAAAAUAGAGCUGAUGAGAUUCGCAUCUCUCGCUCAACUGUUAAUGUUUCCACAUCCAGAGGUGCCAUGCCCAGCACACUGUCAAUAAAAGGGCAGAUUGAAACAGUGAAGGUUAAGGGCACAGAAAACUGAAGCUGACAAAGAAUGAAAUGGUCAUGGAAAUUUUUCGUUGAUUUUACGUACCUCCUUGAAGAACUUUAAGAAAAAAUAUUUUUCUCAAGUAUUUUGUAAAUGCUAAUUUUUUUAGGACAACUGUAGUUUAACUUUUACAUAUAUAAUAUACAUGAACAUUUUCUUCUACAUAUUCAUGCUUGGCUUAUUCUAAUUUCCCUCAUUGUCUGCAAGUUUUAAACAAAAAUAUUUUAGCAUUAGUGGGUAUGUUUUUGAGGCUGUUUUACAUAUCUACUUUUAUUGCUUAAAAAAAAAAAAAAAAAUCUUGUGCAUAUAGUGAUGUUUUUUUACUGUGCAUUUGACAUUUUCCAUGGCAUUUUCUAUAGCAAUAAUUAGUGGUGCUUUUGUACUUACAGUUUUGUGGUUUUGAAAAUGACUAAAUUGUUGUGACCAUCUGCUGUUUUUUAAUUUUAUUUUAUUUUUUUCAUUUAUGUAAAAAUAAAAAGGUAUUUCCUUUUAA